GAUUUCGAGCCUAUUAUUUGCCUCGUCUUCCGCAAACCAUCGCAUCCGUCCACAAAAUUGAUUGGAAAUAAGAGACACGGUGGCGUGUUUAGUUACAACUGUCGACACGGACCAGCAAGCUAGAGACCAUGUCUACUGAUCUGGGAGUAAACGAGCAUCACCAGAAUCAAGUGAUCAACUAUAUGCGUUUUGCACGCUAUCAGCGAGCUCAGAAAUUACGGGAAGUUGAUGCAUGCUUUGAAGAUCUUAAAGACAGCAGACUUACAGAUGAAACAUUCACCAUUGAUGAGGUGACAGACAUGCUGAAUGACUUACUUGGUGUAGUUCGAGGAGAAGUAGAACUAGAGCUCCUCAACUCAGCUCACACAAAUGUGCUGUUGAUGCGUCAGAUGUUUCUGCAGGCUGAAAAAUGGCAUCUCAAGCUGCAAGCUGAUAUAUCUGAAUUGGAGAACAGAGACCUACUGGAAAAAAUCAAGGAAUUUGAGGAGCGAGAGUUUGCUGGUGCAAAGCGUGACACAGAGUUCAUCCCAAAGAAGCUGGAGCCUGUCAAUGAAACAGGUGGCACAGCAUUGCUACACAUGAAAAUUGAAGAGCUUGAAGGUGAAAAUGAAAAUUUGAAGCAACGCUUAUGCAAGUUUGAUAAAGAUUUCGCUGCUAUGAUAGCAAGUCAAGGAGACCUUACUUCUGAAUUGGCAAGGGCAAAGGGAGAGCAGCGAAUAAAUGCGGGAGAAGGAGAGGCUAUUGGUGCUCUGAGGAAAAGAAUGUCUGGAUUGGAAUCUGAAAUUGAGACAGAGCGCCAAAGGGGCAAGGAAAGUGUGGAGAGUGCUGGAAAAGACCUGGCCAGUGCCAAACAUGAACUGUUGCGCAUCAGGGAAAUGCUAGAGAUGGCAGAAAAGGAACUAGAGAAGAAAGUAAGUCAGACAACACCAUUCAAGAACCUCAAAACUAUGCUUCAGAAGAAAAAUGAACAGAUGAAAGAUCUAAGGAAACGGCUUGCAAAAUAUGAGACGUUAGAGGAUGAGUAGUCAGAAUUUGAUCAUCUUCCUGCACUACUGCCACAUCAGCCAGAGUAUGCAGCUAAGUGCCUCCUGGUCAAGAGAAGACUAUCAGUCAGAUCACAUUUCGAUUUCCAAUGUCUCAAGCAUGCUAGGCCAUGUCAGUUUUUUGGAGUUUCAUUUUUGUGAUACUGUUGUCCACUACGCAGUUAGUAUGCUACUUCUGAUCUUGUAAUUUUACAUAUUUGCUAUUAAAGCUGGUUCAAUGCAUAG